AUGACAAUUGCGGAUGCUGCCAAGUUUGAGGAGUUGUCUCGAUUCUGCCCUCAUUAUAAUGGGGUAGAAGCUGAAGGAUCUAACUGCAUUAAGUUCAAUGGUGAAUUGCGUAAAGAGAUUAAGAAGUUCAUUGAUGCUAAGGGAAAACAAAGGUUUCAACCGAAGACUGUUGGUGUGAAGACUCAAAGUGGGGGAGGUUCUCUUACUCAUGUUAAGUGUUUUAAGUGUGGAGUACUAGGUCAUCAUGCUCCAGAGUGUACUGCUUUGAAUUGUUAUUCAAGUGGGAAGGUUGGUCAUCUUGUUGUUGAACGCAAAAGUAUUGUUGUAACUUGUUUUAAUUAUGGAGAGCAAGGUCAUAUUAGUACUCACUUCCAGAAGUCCAAGAAGAUUAUUGAUGCUAAAGUUCAAGGGAAGGUUUUUGUUCCCAGUGGUGCAAAUGCUUCAAAUUCCAAUAAUCUCAUAAGAGGUAUAAGUUUUAUUAAUGGAAUUCCUUUGGAUACUAUUAUUGAUAUGGGUGCUACGCAUUCAUUCAUAUCUGUUGAUUGUGUGAAAAGGUUGAAUCUUGAAGUGUCUUCUAUGAAUGGUCAUUUGGUCAUUGAUACUCUAGCUAAUGGCUCAGUGACUACUAUAAUGUUCUUUGAGAAGAUUUAG